AUGGAUAAUAAAGCUAAAAAUGCUAAUCAAGUUAAAUUACCUAAGAAACUUCCAAAACCGAUCACUGAAGAAAGUGAUGAUGAUGAUGAUGAUGUAGAAAUACCAGAUAUGGAUGUGAGUGGAGAUGAUGAUGAUGAGGAGGAAGAAGAAGAAGAAGAAAAGAAAGUUAAAGAAUCAGAUGAUGACCUUAUGAAUGAAGAAGGUGGUUUAAUAUUUGAUGACGAAGGAAAUGAAGUCGAAGUAACAGGAACAUUUAAAAAACAAGAAAUCAUUGAUAAAAAGAAUAAAAAGAAAGAAUUAUCAGAAGAGGAAAAACUCAAAAAGCAAGAAAAUUUAAAGAAAUUACGUGAAAAAUUAGAAUCCAAGAUUAAUAAUUUAAGAGAAAAGAGAAAAGCUAUAGGUACUAAAACUGCCGGAGCACCAAAAUCUCGUGAUCAAAUAUUAGCUGAACGUCAAAGAAAAGAAGAAUUAAAGAAACAACAACAAAAGAGAAAACAUGACGAACUUGAAGAUGAAGAUUCAGAUUCAGAUAUGGACUCGGAUGUUGAAGAAGAGGGUGAAAAAACAAGUAAAGAUGUUUUAUUUGGUAAUAUUGUAUUUAAUGAUGGAUCUCAAGUUACAUCUGAUUUAACCAAGAUUCGUAAUUCAGCAGAUAAAAAGAAACAAAAGGGACCAGCUAAUAAUGAUAUUAAAGCUCAUUUGAAUAAAUUAGAAAAAAAGAAAAAGAAAUUGGCCUCAAUGAGUGCUGAAGAUCAAGAAAAACAAAAAGAAAAGGAUAAAUGGCAAAGAGUUAUGGCACAAGCUGAAGGUAUCAAAAUUAAAGAUGAUGAAAAAUUGUUGAAAAAGGCAUUAAAGCGUAAAGAAAAACAGAAAUUAAGAAGUGAAAUUGAAUGGAGAGAACGUAAACAAGUUGUUAAAGAUACUGUUGCUGCCCGUGCUAAGAGAAGAGAAGAAAACUUGAAAGCUAGAAGAGAUAAUAAAGGUAAGAAACAUAAGCCAAGAUUAAAGAAAUUCACUGGUACUGUAAAUAAAGCCCAAAUUAAAAAGAAGAGAGCAGGAUUUGAAGGUAGCGCAAAGGCCAAACCAAAGAAAAAGUAG